CAAGCGUAUUUCUAUUGUUUACUUCAUUGUAUAGUUUUUCAGUAGAAAACCUCUGGUAUUCAUCCUACUCUGUGUCAUUUGCUGAUUACACAUACACUGACAACCUACAAUAAUCGAUGCACUUUACUUAACAAUAUAAUUGAUAUGGAUAUGACUGUAGGUAAGAGUUCAAAAGCAAUUAUAUUGUAUCAAAGAAAUACUAAACAUGCUACUCGCACCAUUGAUUUUAUCAGCUGAAUAAAUAUAUAAAUCACGCUUGUUUAGAAUGGAAUGCUCCCUUUCUGGUAAGUAGUUGAUCAAGUUUUUUACAUAUAGCGGUUUGGUACGUCGAGCAAAACCGUAAUUGAUCUGUCUAACAAUAAAAUUGACUUUGUGAAUGAAUACACGAAAUCAACUUUUUCGGGUGUACUAAAUCAAUUGUUUCAUCACUAUUCGUUACUUCUAAUUCAUGAUUAUAUUUUUUUUAAAUCGUAUCCACGUUCUGCUGUCGUUGUAAAAUAGUGUACGUUAGCUAAUAUAAACCUAAAUUUCGUAAUAUAAUUUGAUACUUGUUUUUCGAUGAAAAUGUGCUUUUUAGCAAAACAAAAUCCGCUAAUUUAAAAACGAAACAAGUGCGAAUGUACAUUAAUUAUUUUUGGUGUUAACGCGUGAUAAUAUAGCACACAAAAUGGGGCGACUUAUUUUCGUAGUUGAAACAUAAAAUAAAAGAAACGAAACAGUCAACUCGGUAUUUUUUUUUGGUUAAAUACCGGAGGUAUUAGACCAUACAAUUAUUCCUGUCAUUAGCGCGCGACCGUGCUAUCACUAUAUUUACGCCUUGCUCUGCUGAAGUGUUGCUACAUCAAUUUAUCAUGUCCGACUCAGAGCUGUCGUACCGCUCACGAAGCCUAUCGCCGCAGCCGAUAAAAAAGUCAUCAAAGGAUAACAAGCGACGUACGCAUUCUUUAAGCCGCGAGCCUGAACGAGUCACGCUUCCUGCUGCAAGUUCCCGAAAGGCCAAUGCUGUUGAACCUGCUGGACCAUCGAAGCGCAAAAAAACUUCAAGCGCUAGCAAGAAGAGCGGAACGGAUCUAUUUCAAAUCAUUCGUGAUGAAGAGAAAAUUGCAUCCAUUUCAUCCGAGCGAGUGACUACUACGUCAUCGUUCUCAAGCCGCGUGUCUUCCGGUACAUCGCGUCGCACCGUAGUCAGACCAGGCCCCGUAGCCGAAUGGCAUUUCUCCAACGCCAAACGAAAACGAAACAUAGUCCGGCUCUCGAACGGGUGA